AUGGCCUCCUCUCCUCCCUCCGAGAUCGAGGUUCCCAGCAUGAAGCAUUGGCACAGCAGCAGCCCCAUGGUCAACUCAUUCGAUGAUUCCGAGAGCCAGGAUGAUAUGGCAGACAAUUCAGUCGACUCUGACAACGGCAAUGAGAAACUCACACAGGAUGAUCCUCUUUCGGCCAAGGGCAAGGACUCCGUCCAUCAGAACCAGCAGUUCAAGAACUCUGUAGUCAAUGAUACGAGCUACAACCAGACGGAGUCUGACAUCUCAGCCGAUAAGUACACGGCGAUGCUGAUGCUAGAGUCACGCGUUGCGCAGAUGGAGGAAACUUGCAAUCAGCUCAAGAAAGACAUGAACCAAUUCCAAGUCAAGACAGAUCCGGUGCACUAUCACCGCACGGCGAUGAGCCGAGUGGAGGCAGUUGAAGGACGCCAAAUGAAAACGGACAGAAACGUCGAGCGUAUGGACAAAGGCCAACAACAGAUCGAGGCCACCCAACAGCAAAUCCAGACGACUCAAGCCACCCAAGACAAGCAAAUUCAAUACCUAAUUUUCUGUGAGGACGCCCGUGACGCCUCUAAGCACGGCAGUAAUGCCUCUGAGGACGAACACUACCAGCGACACAAGGAGCUUCAGGACAGAUGCGACGAGCUGACGAUGAAGAUUAUGCGAUAUGAUGAGAUGUUCAUUUCUCAGGCAACCCGAAACCAGAAAAUGGAUGCCCUGGGACACAAUCUGGCUAUUUGUACUGCUCUCGUCGUCGUUGUCCUUGCCAUUGUGGGCUAUGCUGUUCUCUGGUCUUGA